AUGCAUCCAAAUAGUGGUGGAAUCGGAAGUGGAACUCAUGCUCAGGGACACGGUGGAAUCGGAUCCGGCAUAAGAUCCGAUGCACCUCCUUGUGUUGGCGGAGGAAUCGGUUCGGGAAUAGGUUCAGGAUCUACACCGAAUCAUCCUCAUGGUCCAGGAAUUGGAUCUGGAGGUGUUCCAAACUGUCCUGUACCCGGAGGGAUNUUUUUUUUUUUGACAGAGUGGUGGCAUUGGACAUGGAGCUGA